AUGGAUUAGAUUGAAUAUGUUAAUCUUGAAAAGAAGAAACCUUAGAUUAAAUAAAAUAAUUAAAGAGGAAGAUAAAAUAAUAGACCUAACAAAAAUGAUAGAAAUAGAAGAAAUCAAAGAGAUAAUUAACCAUUCAAAAAUUAAAGAAAAUAAUAAUGGAGAAAUAAGGAUUAAUAAAGAUAAAAUGUAGAUUAAUUAAUUUUAUUAUUAAGCGUCCAUUUUAAUCUGAGAAUAGAAUAGUGGCAACUGGUAAAAGAAGAAGACAAUUAAAAUAAAGAAAAUUUACUCAAAGACCUAAAGCCCCUAGAAAUAUUCAACCAAAUGUCAUUAUAAAAGGAUUAGAUCCUAAAAUGACAGAAGCAGGUUUAUAAGUAUUGAAAAUCAUUAAUUAUUAUAGGAAGCUUGUAAAGAUUUUGGCCCAAUGAAUAUGUGCAAAUUAGACAGAGAUAAUUUUGGACAAGUGAAGGUAAUAUAAAUUAUUAACUUUUGAACAGCCAGAAGGAAUUGGCUUAAUUAGGUUUACAAGAGUAGAAGAUGCUAAGGCAUGUGUAGAAAAGUUAGAUGGUGUUACUGUGUAAAUAAUUGGUGAAAAUAACAAUGUAAAUUAUUGAAAUACUAUAAUAGGAAAAAGUAAUAUCUGCAACCUUUGUUGGUGAUUCAGAAUAAGUUGACAAUAAUAGAAAUAGAGGUGUAUUGAACAUUACUAAGAGACCUAUAAAAAAAAGGUAUUGUUUGAAUAAAUUUUAAAUAGAGAUUGGAGAAGAUGAAUAUGAAUAAACACAAAUAUGUUAUUUUAAACAAUUCAAAAAUCAAUCAUUUAGAUUUAUUAAAAUAAGUCAUAACAUUUUGAUAAUAGAUUAUAGAUAAAUCCUGAAAAAAUGUAUAAUUUAGGAAAUAAAUAUACUCCAAUUAUCUGGGAGUUAGACUUAUUUCUGUAUAUUUGAUGGCCUAUUCAUAAUCUAAUCUUUCACAUUGUCCUGGUUUCAAAUACUUUUUCUUAAUAGUAAAUUAUUAAAU